UCUCCUCAGAGUUGCUCUGUUGUUGGGUGUGCUGGUUGUUCAGUGCCAAGCGCGAAUAGUGAUUGGAUCCCUACAGGGUUUUUUUUGUUUGUUUGGCUGCAGUCAGACUACAACAUGGCCAGGUUUGGGAACAUUUUGUUAUGGAGCUUGAUGGCUGCAGUAAUCCUCUCUGUUGAUACAAGGCCAAAUAUGAAGCUCAAUACCCAGUCAAGCAGUGGUUUACGGUCUGACUGUGUGGGUAAUCUAAUGAGGCUUUCAUUGGACAAGGCCCUAGCAGUGGGGAACGAGCUCGAGGUCCAGGCCGUCAACGGCACCCAGCACAUUGUGUUAACACCCAGGUCAGCUGCUCAGUGUGGAUACAGCAUGGAGUCUGACCCCUGGGGGAACACCAGAAUCUACUCCUCUCUGCUGGGCUGCUAUGUGGACAACAAAGGUGACCGUAUUUUCAAUGUUGGCUUGAGGCUACGAAUAUACAGCAGUCAAUCCGGUGUGGUUUCCCAUGAUGUGGCGCAGACUUGCAGCUAUACUCAGUGGGCCUCGAAAGCAAUUCUCUGCGACAGGAACUACAUGGAAGUGUCAGGCUUUAUAGCUGAUGCUGGCGCAAAGGGACCGGCUCAAGAUGUUAAAGAGGGCAACAACCUUCCUGAUGCAUCUGGGGCAGCGCAUGGUAUCUGGAAGUUAACAUUUUACACUCCAGAACCAGUAGCAAUGGUGCCGAGGGAGGCUGAACAAGCCGGCUACGGCCUCAUGUUGACCUCGACACGCCUGGUUGUGCGAUCCCCCUACAAUACAGCAGAGGCUACUUCAGAGGAAGUGGGUGGAGUCCCCAUGGAGGUGAUCAGGGUGAGCGCCUACUAUCAGACUCCACAUGGGCUGAAUGUGGUGAACAUGGCAGCUGCUUGUCCCACAGGGGGAGUCCUCUUCAUCAACGAUGUAAUCUCGUGGCACGUACCUCGCCGUAUGACACCGCUGGUAGAUGGCAGCUUUGAAGUCCUAGAAUUGCACAUGGGCAUCAAUGGAAAAAGGCUUGAUCGAUCUCAGAUGGUCACUCGGGGGUACACUCUGUCCACCACUCACCAGCAUAUCGUCAUUGAGAUCCCAGUGGGCUCGCCUGAUGGUCACUUCAAGAGCCAUGCCCCAGAUUACCAGUACCACAUUACCUACAGUGUGGAGCCCAUGCUUGAGGUACUGUGGAGGACCACUGGCACCCAAGAUGAUACCAGAUACAAGGUUUUGUUCCCCAUUACAACCCCUCUCAUGCCUCAACUGCCACACUUCCAAGAAAAUACUGUCCCAGAGGCCCGGGUGUUUACCGUCGUCUUGGGCACCUUUCUUCAUGAUGUGGUACUGAAGAACAUCACCUUCUCCACUGGAGUGCUCACUGUUGAGGAGGGCAACGCCAGAGGCUUCACCAUCCAGGAGCACCGUUAUAAAAAUGGAACGAAGGGCUACUCUCUCUCUGUGCCCUUUGAUUCAGAUGUAGUCCUGAAAAAAAACCCUGAACUCUUGGUUACAACCUACUUCCUCCCUCUUGCGUUUGGGUUCGUCAUCCUUCCUGAAGAAACUCCAUUUGCCCACAAAGUUGAGUUGCAGGCGUCCCUAAAGGAUGUUGUGCUACCAACUACCACUGGCACAUGUGAUCAGAAGCACUUUUACAUCACUGUGAAAUACGGAAGUCAAGGGAACAAUUUCCAGGCAAUGGUUGGAUAUCGUCAUUUGAACCCUGAGAUGGCUGAGGAAUACAAAUUCCAAGAAAACGGCACACACUUCAGUCUCGUACUGCCAUACGAUGCAGCGGACACAGCGUUCGAGCUUAUGAAGACGGAUUCACUCAGAGCCAGAGUCGACUUGCUGCUUUUGGAUCACAUUAACAACUGGGUGCUUGCUGAUCUUUACCUGUCCUGCACCUUCCCCUUUACAACAACCACAUGCUAUCCAAAUGGAACAAUGACCGCUACGGCUGUGAAGGUGCAAUCUGUGGCUCAGCUCGUUCCAAGUAGGCUGACUCUAAAGGACCAGUCCUGCAAACCAGUAUUCAGUGAUGAUCGCUUUGCACUGUUCUCUUUCAGUGUUGAUUCCUGUGGAACCACUAGAACAUUCUUCGACCACUACAUCCUUUAUGAAAAUGAGAUUGGCUUGUAUUACAAUGACAAAAAAGGCUUGUAUUACAACAGAGGAGUAGCCAACACGUCACCAAUUGAUCCACCAUACAGACAAACCAUUUCCUGCUACUACGUGGUCAAUGAGACGCAGACUUUUGCCGUCGGAUCUAAACAACGACUCUAUGAACCCAAAGCCGAUAUCAGCUCAGGGCAGCUGAUGGUGCAAAUCAGGCUAGCACAAGAUUCAUCAUAUCAGCUCUUCUACCAAGCAGAAGAUUAUCCAGUUGUGAAAUAUCUGAGGCAGCCUCUGUAUUUUGAGGUGGAGCUGAUUGAAUCUACAGACCCAAAUUUGGAGCUCAUCGUGGAGAAGUGUUGGGCGACGCUUGAUGAAGACCGGACGUCUGUGCCUAGCUGGGAUAUCAUUGUGGACGGUUGUGAGAAUCCUGAUGACAUCUAUUUGACAGUUUUCCAUCCUGUUGUGAGUGACUCCAGGGUUUUAUUCCCAUCCCACAUCAAACGCUUCUCCAUGAAUAUGUUCACCUUCACCAAAGACCAGGCAGUUCUGAAAGACGAGAUCUAUGUCCACUGUGAUGCAGUGAUUUGUGACACAACCAGCCGAGCAGAUGGUUUAUGCAGAGGCCAAUGUGUGCAGCCUACACGCCAGAGUAACGCCCGACCGUAUGAGCAGAAAGGAGCAAAACGCACACGAAGAGGAACAAACUCUACCCGGCAAAGGCAGAUUUCAUCGGGGCCGGUUGAGUUAACAUCUGGUUAAACUUCUAAAUAAAGAAGUUGUCUUUAAUGUCAAUCGUCUAAUUACCUUCUUGCCCUGUAUUUCAUACAUUGGAUUCAUAGGCUAUUUGAAUGAAGUGUUGCAUAUUGGAUUAGGUGGUUAAUUUCUUUUUUUUUUUUUUGUAUACAGAUGUGGUUCUAGCUACAAAAUUCUCAGAAUAUCAAUGUUGUGAUCUAGUCUUCCUCUAGGCAGGGGGAGGAAAGGUUGUAAAAUUCAGUUUAGAAUUGUAUAACAGCAUUUUCCUCUUGAAAUAAACUAACUUCCCUUCAAAAUAAA